UCUACAAUCAAGUGUAUGUAUAAAUCCAAAACCCACUCUAGGGUUUCGUUUACAGAUCGAAAGGUAGGGUUUCUCUAGCAGCCGUUACCCCUUCUUCAUCUGCUCACAGCUCGUAAUCGUAACAAUGGCCGUCGGGAAGAACAAGAGAAUUUCCAAGGGAAAGAAGGGAGGCAAGAAGAAAGCUGCGGAUCCGUUUUCUAAGAAGGACUGGUAUGAUAUCAAAGCUCCGUCACUAUUCAGCACCAGAAAUGUUGGCAAAACCCUAGUUACUCGUACUCAGGGUACUAAGAUUGCUUCAGAAGGGCUAAAACAUCGUGUUUUCGAAGUAUCUUUGGCUGACCUUCAAAAUGAUGAGGACCAUGCUUACAGAAAGAUCCGUUUGAGAGCUGAAGAUGUUCAAGGAAAGAAUGUGUUGACCAACUUUUGGGGUAUGGACUUCACAACCGAUAAGCUGAGGUCACUCGUUAAGAAAUGGCAAUCAUUGAUCGAGGCUCAUGUUGAUGUUAAGACAACCGAUAACUACACCCUGAGAAUGUUCUGCAUCGGCUUCACUAAGAAGAGGGCCAAUCAGGUGAAGAGAACUUGCUACGCACAAUCCAGCCAAAUCCGACAGAUUCGCAGGAAGAUGAGGGAGAUCAUGGUGACCCAAGCACAAUCUUGUGAUCUAAAGGAGUUGGUUCAAAAGUUCAUCCCUGAAUCCAUUGGUAGGGAGAUUGAGAAGGCGACAUCCAGCAUUUAUCCGUUGCAGAACGUUUUUAUCCGCAAAGUCAAGAUUUUGAAGGCGCCUAAGUUUGACAUUGGGAAAUUGAUGGAAGUUCAUGGAGAUUACUCUGAAGAUGUAGGUGUGAAGGUAGAUAGGCCUGCUGAUGAGCCGAUUCCUGAAGCGACCGAGGUGAUUGGUGCUUGAACAAUAAUUUUCUACUUUUUAUUUUCUUUUAAUUUGUUCAACCUCAAACAAUAUCAGGUGAUGUUUUUUUAUAGAAAUUAGCAUUGCUAUUUUGACUUGAAGUUUCUAUAUCCAGUUUCUUGUUUGACAUCUUGUAUUAUGGAGCAUUGGUACGUCUGAAAUGAGUUAUGUAUUUUGUUUGCACGUA